GCUGCGCCGCGAUCUCCACCACGACGCCGGCUGCACGCCCGGCGAGGCACGCUCCUCCAGGACCGCCGUAGGCACCGUCGCACUCGGGACAGCCACCGGGAGAUGCCCGGCGCCGCCAGGCUCGUCGCCGGCAGCGAGCGGACCAAGUUUUCGUCAUGAGCCGCUGACCACCGUAUGGCAAGGUGACCGAGGAUGGUGCUGGGGCCGCUGAUGCUCCUGCUGCUGAGCCGUGGCCUGGCGGGGCUCGGCCAGCCCCAGGGUCCGGACGACGCCAACCUCGAGGAGGCGCUGCACUCCCAGCCCGAGCUGCGCGCCCACUGCGCGUACCCGUGCCGCUGCCCCCCGGAGCCGCCCGCCUGCCGGCCCGGCGUGGGGCUGGUGCGCGACGGCUGCGGCUGCUGCCUGCUGUGUGCGGGCCAGCGCGGCGACCCCUGCGACGGCGCCCGGCUCUGCGACGAGGCCCGCGGCGUGGUGUGCCAGUACGCCGGCAGCGCGCCCACCGGCACCUGCAGAGCCAUCAAGGGCAGGCCCUGCUACGUGGAGAACGAGACCUACGACAAUGGCGAGACCUUCAUGCUGGACUGCCGCACUCAAUGCACGUGUCAGAACGGCACCUACGCGUGCGCCAGCCUGUGCCCCCAGGAGAGCAUCUCGCCGCGGGGCUUCUCGUGCCCGCACCCACGCCUCGUGGAGCUGCCCGGCCAGUGCUGCCGCGAGUGGAUGUGCGACAGCGACGCAGUGGAGCGGCCCCCGCAGUGCCCCCACCUGGCGCUGGCGUGGUCGCCGUGCUCCCGGACGUGCGGCACGGGGCUGUCCGUGCGCGUGUCCAACCAGAACCCGGGCUGCGCGCCACUGAACCAGACGCGGCCGUGCCAGCUGCGGCCGUGCGUGCAGCCCCAGGAAGAGCGGCGCCCGCCGCACGCCAAGAUCCGGCGGGGCCACAACUGCAAGGCGACGCUGCGCGCCCCCAGGCCCGUGCGCCUGCGGCUCGGCCGCUGCCUCUCCAAGCGGCGCUUCCACCCCAAGCACUGCGGGGCGUGCCAGGAGCGCGGGCUGUGCUGCGCGCCCAGGCUGUCGUCCAGCAUCAAGGUGGAGUUCGAGUGUGACGGCGAGGCCCCGGCGGACCCGGAGGCCGUCGCCGAGCUGGGCGUCGACAUGUGGGUGGAGGAGAACACCGCCGUCACCACGCCGCACCCCGCCAGCACCGUGCUGGUGCGAGACAACCUCGUGGACGCGGACCCGGACGAGGAGGCCGAGGACGACGACCAGGACCUGGACCAGGACGUGGACGAGGAGGAGGACGUGGAGGGCGAGAACGAGGAGGGCCACCGCUUCUCCAAGGGCAGCCAGGGCCGCCUCUGGAGCGUGUUCAGCCCGCCGCGCAAGCGCCACCACACCAAGCACCCGCGCGCCAAGACCACGGCCACCUUCGCCGUGCAGUGGAUCACCAAGUGCGAGUGCAGCCCGUGCGCCGCGCACCCCGAGACCACCACCAAGGGCAUCGCCAGGAUACGCAUCCUGCACCGCGUCCACAGGACUACCGUGUCGUGAAUGGCGCCAUGCAGUGCAGGCCCACCCAGGAUCUCAGACUGUCAGUGUGUCAGUGGAGCCGAAGAGCGAGACUCGGUCCUUCGGUCGCUGGAAAAGUGUUUAUUUUGAUUAUUAUGUGUGCAACUAGUUGAGUGUCGUUCGUGAACUUUUCAAUAUUUCCAUGAUAAUUUGAAUUGAAUUAGGCUUUGUUUUGUUAGCAGUUUUGAGCAAAAGGAAAGACGCAGAAAAAUUUUUAAAGAUUUUAUUUGUGGUCGAAACGUUCACAAUAUAGUGAGUGAUAGAAAUUUAAGUGUAUUUUUCCUAAUUGAAUAACGCGCUGUAAAUAUGACAUUUAAUGGCAAGAGAAAUAGCGAAGGCUACUCAAAAUCUUUCAGUUUGCCUGUUUGUUUCCUACCUGUGUUGUGUCAUCAGAGUUUUCUAGGCUUUCCCGAUUCCAAUUGUGUGCUACUGUUUCACUCCCUUGGCUUGCAGUUUGAGAGCAUUUAACUAGACAACCGAUAACUUCAUAGGCCAUGUUCACAAUUCUGUGAAAAAUUGCAUAUCAUGCAUCUGUUGGAAUUACUGCUUGCAUUAGCUUUCUUUUUCUAUUCUAGUUUAGAAGAACACAAGAGCAGGAUUUCGGCGUGCCUGUUGGGGUUUUGAUCGAUCACCAUUGUUCCAGUGUAGGUCACGCACAAACUUUUGCUAACUUGGUGACGAGCGGCCCCACCGCGUCUUUGUUUUGGUAGGCAUUCCUUUCUUCAAUAAAUAUGUGUGUAACGAUUCAAGCAGAACGCCCGCCGCGUUCAACGGAUUAAAAUUUAAUAUCAGAUAAUGGACCAAGAGUUUUGUGUCAUUUUAUCUUAAGCGAAGCUGGGGUAUUCGUCUUUGUACAUAACACAUUGUGAUACUGGUUUUUAGGAAACUACUAAACUUACUAUAAUAAGAUUGAUCUAUCAGAGAAUAUUUACAGUGUACAAAAUUUUGAAGCAUUCUAGUCAGAAAUAAAUCUUAGGACAUUGAGCGCA